CCGGAGGGGGCUGGGCUUCGACGGAACAGUCGAGCUCGUUGUUUUGAUGAGGAAGGUCCCAGCGCCGCUUCGAGGAAACCGUGACCUACUUCCACAUCUCCCCACAACCAGCAGCUCGUUAGCGGCCACUUCGUUCAGAUCGAGUCGCUGAGAGAAGGAGCGACUUGAUCCAGCAGAUUGACUCGGGCUGUGGAACCAGGAGGAGAGGGAUGCCGCUGCAGACAGACUCCGACGGACGCAGACUGUCUCUGGAUUUAAUGUCGUCGCACUUAAUCGGAACGAGUAGUUUCUGUAUACAUUUAAAAAGCCCCAGAAUAACCCGCUCUCGACCGAGUGCUCCCGGAAGAUGCUCCGGCUCGAACUAAUCGCUCCCCGUGUGAAGUGAAGACAUCCAAAGAAGCUAACUGCUAACUUAGCCGCUAACGCUAACUGGUCAACAGAAAGCAGGAGGGUCGUUAAUCCCCCCCACUCUGCCCCCCGGGAAGAAGACGCCUGUGAGCGGGUUGACCUGUGUUGUGUUCUCGCUCCGCUGGAGAUAAAAAAGCUCUCGACAGCAAUGAAACUUUUGGAGAAUUCCAGCUUUGAAGCCCUCAGCUCCCAGCUGUGUGUUGAAACAGGGGAGUCUCGCAUCCUUGGCAGGAUUGAGAGCUACUCCUGUAAAAUGGCAGGAGAUGACAAACAUAUGUUCAAGCAGUUUUGCCAGGAGGGGGAGCCACACGUCCUGGAGGCUCUUUCUCCCCCUCAGUCCACCAGCACCACCAGCCCUUCACAAUAUGGGAAGAGCAGUGAAGAUGGGGAAAACCCUCUGAGUGACAAGUGUUGCAGGAAGACUAUUUUCUACCUCAUCACCACACUCAACGAGUCCUUCAGGCCCGACUAUGACUUCAGUGCGGCGCGGGCCCACGAGUUCAGCCGUGAACCGAGUCUCAACUGGGUGGCUAAUGCAGUAAACAGCAGCUUGUUCUCAGCUGUCGGUGAAGAGUUCAACUCUCUGGGGCCGGAGUUGUGGAACGCCAUCGACCAGGAAAUCAACCUGCAAAGCUGUGACAUUUACAGCUACAACCCUGAUCUGGACUCGGACCCUUUCGGUGAAGAGGGGAGUCUCUGGUCAUUCAACUAUUUCUUCUACAACAAGAAGCUGAAGAGGAUUGUUUUCCUCACGUAUCGCUCUGUCAGCGUCCUGAGCGGAUAUGGUCGCGAUUGUCUCGACAACGAGUUGGACAUGGAGCUGGAUGAUGAGGAGGAAAUGGAUGGUUUCACUGAGGACAGGUGCCCCAGAGCGCUGUGCGUGUGAAUGUUCCCAGAUGACUCACCCCGGCCAAAGAAUAUUUGGUCCUCUCCCCCCCUCCAUCACUCCAUCCUACCAUUUUUGUGUUUGUUUUGGGGAUUUUUUGCUGCCUCUCCCAAAGCCGUGUUCACAUUUUAGGUAACUGCAUGUUUGAAGCCCUCUCUUUUGCUGGCAGUGAACCAUGGACUAUGAGAUGGUGGACUUUUUUCUUUUUUAAAGGCCCCACGGUCCCCACAGUAACCUGUAGCUCCUUCAUUCUUCUGUGUUUUAUCCCGAAGCUCCAGGCCCAAGAAAAACAUUUACACACACACAAGUGGGGCUCCUGCACACUCGCCAUGUUUCCAAAGAGACCACUUCAUGGACGUUUGAGAAGAAGGUCUUGUUUUAUGGAUAUGUGGCCAAAGGCGUUUCUCGCAAAUGAUGUCAGAGGAGUCCAGGUAACACCAGCACCAACGAGAACUGACACAGAUAAAAAGUUUCUAAUAUUCCAACCUGGGGUCCAUUUAAAAAUCCAGUUUGAGGUUGACUGAGCAGCUCAUUUGUUGUUCCGCGUUUGCUAACUUGUGUGUUGCUUUUACGUGUGACAGUGACGUUACUGUGAGAACUCUUUAGCGUGAGAACUCGUUAGCACUGAGUUUGAAACACUUCUAACCAUUAUUGAAUCUUAUUACUGCAAACAGUCGUCAGUACGUGUUAGACAGGAGGGCUCGACCAAGGGAACUUUUCACACACUGCAGCUUAGAAAACAUAUCAGCUUUUGACAGAUUUGUAUAAUUACCCAGUUUCAUUUUGUCUUUCACCUUCAUUCAGUAUUUUUUAAAUUCUCUUCCUGGUUGACCCUCAAUUCUAAAUGUCUUGUCUUGCCAGUUGUUUCUUUGCUCAUUACCUCAAUGCAAAGGCAUCAUUGAAAAGUGAAUGUAUAGUUCAGUUUAGCGAGAAAAAUACAAAAUCUUGAUAGACAAAAUGGCUGAUGUUUUCGGCGUUAUUUUUUAGAAAUUGAGAAGUCCCGUUUGUCGUUAUUUAAAAUUGGGCCGGAGUUCUGUGUCUUUUCUUGACUGCUUUAGCUUUUUCUUGGCUGGUAUCGAUGUGAAUAAACUGGUAUUUGAAUCAGA